AUGCCUCCAGCCCUCUCAGACCUAUAUGAACAGGCCAGCCAAAUCCAAUCCGUUGAGUGUUACGGGAUAUUGGUUGCUGCCCUGCUGGGCGUCUGGCUGAUCGCACGGUUGGCGUACCAGCUUGGUCGGUGGACUGUCCAACGCCACAUCGCGGCCUCCAUUGGACGGCGUCUCGGCCGCGAGUUGCCGUGGCUUCUCCAGACUAUUGACAUCGCCACCGCUCUCGAGGCGAGCUUGGUUGGGGUGCUCUUGGGCGCCAACAUCGUCCUCCUACUCGUGUCCGCCCAUUCCCUGCUUCAUGGAGCCAUUGUCAUCGCCAGAGCGGAUAAGCCGACUCCCUCGAUGAGGCAUGACUGGGUUCCCUUGCUGGCAGCUGCUGCCAUUUUGAUGAUAAUCCCUGUGACCUUGCAUGUGGUCGUCCGACGGCACUGUCAGGUCGCCAUGAGAAUCCACUACCUUCUGGCGGUCACAGCAAUGGUGGCCCUGGCGUAUCAUACUUUCGUUGCCGUCUCUCAUGCAGUUUUCGUCCAACAACGCUGGAGUGCUGGACGGCCCACCGUAACCAUACGUCCCUUUCAGGAGCUGCUUCGCAUGGACAUUACAGUGUCCCCCCAUUGGCACAUCCGGCCGGGGCAGUACGUAUACCUCUGGUUGCCUCACGCAGGAUUUCGCUCGUGCUUCCAACUCCAGCCCUUCUAUGUCGCUUACUGGGAUGAUGCGCCCGGACCGCGCAUCCUGUACGUUCUGACCCGACCACGAGCCUCCAGCCUCAGUACACGACUCUACCUCCGCGAAUGGCUACACCAGCGUCGACAGCCUGCACUGUUGCUGGGGCCAUACGGCCCAUCGAUCGACUUUUCUCUGUUUGGGACGAUCGUGUUCAUCGUAGAGGACAUUGGCAUGUUGCGAGUGCUUCCCUAUAUCCGCAUGCUCGUCCAGGCGAGCGAGGAGCGGCGGGCCAUGGUACGCAAGCUGAAAAUCGUGUGGCAGAUGCAAGACUUUGACCACCAAUGCUGGCUGGGCGAUUGGAUGCAGGACCUGUUGGACCUCGACCGCAGUGAAUUUAAGAUUCUUGAAUUUCGGCUGUAUUUCCUUAGAAAGAGGACUUCCGUUAACCUUGGCGACGGGUUCGGCGAACGAAUUAAGCUGCGUCAAGGGCCACUGAUGGCCAGGGAAGUCGUCCAAGGUCACCUGAGCAAGCGCCGCGGGAAGCUAGCCGUGGGCGUGUGCGCCCGUCAGUCCAUUCGUCAACAAGUCCGGGAUGCAGUUCAGCCACAGACGGGGGCAGAAAUCAAACUUUUCGACUUCGAUCUCGAGCCGUGUCACACCUGGGUGGCCUCUUGUCGCGACAACGAAGCCGUCACUAAUCUUGCGCAAAGUGAUCAUCAGAAGUGGGUUGCCCCUCGCAUUAUUGAAGGUAAUUUUCAAAUGCAGUGAGUCCAAACAUGCCUUGUAAGACGAGACACUUGUCUUUACGCGCAACCGAUCCCAUGUAUGGCAGUGGCAUCCAUCGGUACGUCUCAGCUUCUCUCUCCAGCCCGAUGUCUGGACAUUCAGCUUGGACAAUCACGGGUCUUGUGGUCUCUCGUCCAUCU